AUGAAUUGCUUCAGGAUACGCCCUCUACCUCAUGCCAGACAAGCAACUUCUAUCAUCGCUCUGCAAUCUUUUUCACAAUCUAGUGACCAAGAGAUCAAGUUUUAUUUUAUGGAUGAGCAGGCUAAAAAAGUUGAGGAAGCACAUCUGAAACUUGAUUACUGCUAUAUGCAGAAACAGUAUCCAGUCAUGCUCUACGAUUCUUGUGACGGGUGUCUUCUGUUUAAGAACAGAGAUUUUCUCUGCGUGAGAUCCAUUUUUGUCAUAUGGAAUCCUAAAACAAACGAACAAGUAACCAUUACUAUGAGAGGUUCUGCCUUUCAAGUAUGUGGAUUUUAUUUCAAUCCUCACAACAACGAAUACGAGGUGCUUCUUAUAUAUCCUUCACGUGAAGGUGAAAUUGAAAGCUAUGCCUUUGACGUACUAAGUUUUGGAUCUAAAUUACGGAGAAACAUUGGCAGAUACGCUUAUAUGCCAAGGUCUGAGAGACCCCCCAUGAUCAUAAACGGGAAAUUGUACUGGAUGGUUGACAAUAUAUACAGUCGAGGUGAGGUUAAUUGUUCAACUUCGAUUAUGACAUUCAAAAUCAGGACAAAUAAAUUAAGCACGAUGCAUCAUGGUGGAGGUUCCUGUGAGGAAGGUGCUAAUGUUGGUCUCUUUGGUAAGCAUGAGUAUAUGCACUUAAUAGAGAUGGAAGGGAAAUUGGGUUUAUGUGUUCUGUCCGAUACUGAACUUGUGCUGUGGAUUCUAAAUCCCGCAACAAACAGCUGGGCUAAAGCACACUCGUUGACCCUUCCCAGAUACUAUCCGCCGAAAUAUUUCUCAUGUUGGCCGAAUAAGUUGGAUGUGGAAGUUGUGAAGAUCAAGGAUAGAAAAUUGCUAGUUAGACAAAAGAACAGAUUGCUGCUUUGGGAUUUGGAUUUGAACACUCACAAGCUUCUUGAGAAGAAAGGAUUUGAGAAUGAUAAUUUUCGCCCAGCGAUCCACACUCCUAGUGCAGUCUCUUUGAAAACUGAUAAAUUGAUAGAGUUAGACAGGUAA